CACAAAAGUCAGCCUGGACGAGAUUCAUAGGCAACCAUGUCGCGUCCGUCUUCGCACCGUACCUCGAUCCAUUCGCAACAUAACAGUAGGGUUUUCAGGAGCGCCCCGUUGCGCGGUCCAUUUACGUCAUCUUUCGGGCUUCGCACAACCGCACGAGCUUUGGGUGCCAGAGGGCCACCGCAGAACACGUUGGCGACGAAAAACACCUACUCGUGAGACCCAGACACACGAUUGGACGGCGCGUGAGGACAUCGCCCUGUUUUCCACGCUGGCCACGGGAAAUCGAAGACUCGCUACCACUCAUAUGCACCCACGGUAGUCGCCAGGCUGGGUGUGCGCGCGGCUUGGUAGGAUGCUCCGACCGGCAACGACAGUUUUAAACGCCCACGAGCCCGACCAACAUGGUUUCCAUACGACUCACCCAGGAUGAAAUGCACCACCUUUUGGAAGAGCAGGGAAAUGGCCACACGCGCUGCUGUGUACAGGCGACGAAUGCGACGCCAGCUGGGUCGCAUGUAACUUUUGGUUAUCUGAACAAAGGAGCUGCAAAUGUCAUAUUCAAAAUCAGACCUGAGACCAGCACUGUCGCGGCACGUUUCCAGUUCGUCGAUGUACUUUCCAAGGACAAAAAAUCUGGCGUAGCAACAUCAGUACCAUGUCGAAGCCUGAUAGGAAGAGUCCUCCGCGUACCCAGGGGCGGCCAAAAACAUCUUUCGUCCAUAGAAAUCCUGCACGGCUUCGAGCAUGCAAUCCGGCCACUCUUCCUCCCAGGUCCGUGUAACAAGUCCCAACAACCCGCUCGGGAUCUCACAAAGCACCUCAUGGACCACGAAGGCGUACUACUCCUACCAGACGUCAUGAGCCACCUCUACACGCGCGUCGAAAAGCACACCUUUGCAACCCCACAGUCGCGACGAAAGUGCUGGGGCAUCCUCCUUCCAGACAUGUCGCCCACGCCUGGUACAUCAAUAACCCUCGAAGUAAAACCAAAAUGGCUCGCGCAAUCGCCAAACGCACCACCUGGAGCAAUCCGCUGUCGCACCUGCGCCAUGCACGUGUCCGUACCCAAGAAAAGGGACAACUAUAUCUGUCCUCUGCAGCUACUGCAUGGGAACUCCACGUCCCUCCAACCAUGGUCACAAGCUACGGUUACACAGCAGUUCGACAGAGAAGCGCGACCAUCAAACGUGGUUGUCUCAGCGCUCGUAAAAGCCCUGGUGGACUACCUUACUAUAGGCGACGGCCUCGCGCUCCUACAACACCUCCUCAAUCUACAGAGUUCGCUUGAUCCGCGCGGUGUGCUUUGUCGACCUAAGAGUAAUGCCGAGGCGUUUGAUCAUAAUCUCAGGCUGGCCAUGACGCUGAGGGACUGUUCGAUGUUCAUCAAGGUUGCGUAUGAUAAGGCGGGUGUUACGGGGAUAGAAUCGAAACUAGGGGACUUGGAUUUCAAGUCCGCGGAGAAGAUUGUGGAUUGGAUGGAUAAAGAGAGGGGGUUGUUGAUGGAUGGAUCGUAUACGAAAGGUGUGAAGGAGGGGCCGGUUUGUUGGCUUCAGAGGAGUUAGGGCGUUUGAUAUUUGGGGGGUUAUGGGUGGAGGCUUUCAUAGAGAUUCUGGUAUGAUAUUUUAUAUGGGAGAUAAUGUAUGGCCACUAUAGAAGGAAGGGUUUCAAGGGAACGAAAAAGAUGGAUGAAGUUCGAUUUAAUA